UAUCUUUAACUUUUAUAAGGUCAUGGUUGCAUACAACCAGCAAGAGGAUCAUGCACAAAAGGCAUAUAUGCCUUUACCUGUGCCUAACUUGAAAUCCUCCCUGGCUAUAUACUUCAGAAUGAUCAGUUGUUUAAAAACCUGUGUCCACAAUCUGUUUGUGUGGCCUUAGGAUGGCUGAAACUUGUCUGUUGGGGCCACAGCUCAACGAAGUAACUGCUCAAUAAAUACCUAAGGGCACAGACUAGUUUUCUCAGGUGCUGGGCUCCUUCCUCCAUCCUCCAAAGUUACUGCUGGAUGAUUGCUCCAAUCAGGCUCUCCCAAACGCUGCAACCUGGGGCUGGAUGUCCCAGGGGGGCAGCAACCCGCGUUUGCGCUCACCUUCUCCGGGCGCGUAUCGCUUUAAGGGCGGCGGGGCUGCGCGCGGGCCUCGCUCUGGGCCGGAGCCUGCGCGUCCGUGUCCCCGGCGAAGGCUGCGUCUGCCGCCGACCCAGGGCGACUAGCAAGCGGGGCGAUGCUCAGGUUGCGCGGUUGCUGCGCGCGUCCCCGCGGCGCUCCGGUCCGGAAUGAGCGGAGCCGGGCGGGCAGCCGCGCCCUACGGGUGCUAGUGGACAUGGACGGCGUGCUGGCGGACUUCGAGGGCGGCUUCCUCCGGAAGUUCCGCGCGCGCUUCCCGGACCUGCCCUUCGUGGCGCUGGAGGACCGGCGCGGCUUCUGGGUGUCGGAGCAGUACGGACGUCUGCAGCCUGGGCUGAGCGAGAAAGCCGUCAGCAUCUGGGAGUCAAAGGAUUUCUUUUUUGAACUCGAGCCUCUGCCAGGAGCCGUGGAAGCUGUGAAGCAGAUGGCCAACCUGCAGAACACCGAUGUCUUCAUCUGCACAAGUCCCAUCAAGAUGAUCAAGUACUGUCCCUAUGAGAAGUACGCCUGGGUGGAGAAGCACUUCGGCCCUGACUUUCUGGAACAGAUUGUGUUGACCAGAGACAAGACCGUGGUCUCUGCAGACCUUCUCAUAGAUGACCGGCCGGACAUCACAGGGGCUGAGCCACAUCCCAGCUGGGAGCAUAUCCUCUUCACCUCCUGCCACAAUCAUCACCUGCAGCUGAAGCCCCCUCGCCGGAGGCUGCACUCGUGGGCAGAUGACUGGAAGGCCAUCUUGGACAGCAAGCGGCCCCGCUGAGGGCUGCACUGCGGCUCUCUCGUGGUCCAGUGUGGGGCUCGCAGCUCAUGACUGGACAGCAAGCAGUUUGCUGAGGGCUGUGCUGCAGCUCCCUGGCAUUUCCUGGAGGACCCAAUGGAUCCUUGAUCAAGACAACCUCUCGACACACUCCCCUUCCUCUCCUGGCCCAGUCUUUCACCUGAUCUUGGGGCAGGGCUGGGAGAAAGGCAUUUGCUCUCGGGCAACUUGGCCUAGCCUCAGGCAGGGGCCAUGCCACUGCCUUCCACUGCUUAUAAUAGGGUGUUCUCUAAGGAACGGAGGGGCCCUGGUUCAGGAUCUGUGGCCUUUGCAAGGUAAAGAGUGCCAGGGGCAGAUGACAGAGGGUCCCCUGGUAGACACAUGCCCUUCCAACUCUAACAUGGUACCUUGUCCAACUUGCCCACUUAGUCUGUUCUCUCUCCUCCUGGUGUUCAGUGGCCACCAGGCUCUCUUGGAGGCCAACAGUGACCCUGCCUAUGG